CAAGCAGUGACCUGUCACAAAUGUUUUUCCAUUUCUAUAAGAUUCACAAAUUGUAUUCAUCCUCUUUAAAGUCCCCUAAGCUUCUAUAUAAUCACUACAUAACUUUUCUUUUCUCCACAAAUUACAAAAACAAACACAUAAACCCCUAUUAUUAGAUCUCCCUUCUAGCCGCUUCUCGAAAACCAUGGUGGCCCUCAUGAAAAGUCUCUGUUUUUCUUUCAUCAUCCUCGCUUCUCUUGCGACCCUCUUCUCAGUCGCUGAUGCACGUAGGUUCUACGUCGGAGGUAGCCGCGGUUGGGUCAUGAAUCCACGCGAGAGCUACAAUACUUGGGCUGAAAGAAACCGUUUUCAAGUCAAUGAUACUCUCUACUUUAAGUAUGCCAAGGGAUCGGACUCAGUGCAACAGGUGAUGAAAGCAGAUUACGACGGUUGUAACAUUAGGAAUCCGUUAGAAAAGUUCGAUAACGGAGAGUCCGAGGUUACUCUUAACCGAUCUGGUCCGUUUUUUUUCAUUAGUGGUAAUCAAGAUCGCUGUCUGAAGGGACAGAAGUUGAUCGUUGUUGUCCUAGCCAUCAGACAUCCCAAGAAGGUUCCUGUUUCUCCGGCUCAACCUCCAAAAGCUCACUCCCCUGAUUCUCCUGUUGCACCGGCGAAAGCUCCUUCAACUGCUCAACCUCCAAAAUCUCACUCUCCUGUUUCUCCGGUGGCUCCGGCGAAGGGUCCGUCUACUGCCGAAGCUCCAAAGGCUCAUUCCCCUGUUUCUCCACCGGCGAAAGCUCCGUCUACGACCCAGCCUCCAGAGUCGAACGCCCCUGUUUCUCCUAUUUCUCCGUCUAAAGCUCCGUCAACGGCCGAUUCUCCAAAAGCUCACUCUCCUGUUUCUCCAGCUGCACCGGCGAAAGCUCCGUCAACGGUCCAACCUCCAACAACAACUCAAACGCCUGAUCAUUCACCGGCUUCUCCAGCGCCUGAGAAUACUCCACCGUCGUUUCCAACUCCUCCUCAAUCAACUCCUGCCGACAACAUCAAUGCGCCAGCGGCAAGUACCAAAAAUACAGCAAGUGUUGUGGCCGUUACUUCGGUUAUGACCACAGUAUUAGGUGUGGCUUUUACUGUCUUAAUGUUCGCUUGAGUUUUUCGUGUUUGGUUUACAUUUUUUUUGUUUUGUUGCUGAGUUUUUUAUUUACUCUUUUAUCUGUUUAUUAUUAUUUCUCCCGAGUGUCGUUAUUUUGUUGCAUUAUUGGACUUUUGUUUGUUAUUAAUAUCGUUGCGUUGUUGUUCUAA